ACUUCGGGCUCAGUCUUCGGCGAUCGUUCCCUCAUCCUUGGGAACGCGAUGAGCUUUGCCGAGCGGCUACCCGCGGAAGUAUGGGCGACCGUAUUCGACCUCUGCAUGCCUGAAGAGGACGAGGAAUUCUCGGAUGCCACGACACCAGUAAAAGAGGCAUACCGGCUAGCGAAGCUCUACCUUUUGCGCUUAUCUAAGGUGUGCUCGUACUGGCAUGCGAUCGUAAUGGGCACGCCAGCGCUCUGGCGGUACAUCAUAGCGGACACGACCCUGUGGGGAAAGUCAGGUUACUCGGAGUCGACGUUACUGCGCCUCGUAUCGGUCUCUCUUCAGCGCAGCCAGAACUUUCCGCUCCGCAUCCAGGUCGCCCUGGAGGAUGAUACCGCGCUCGGCCAAACCUCCGGUGCAAAGCUCAUGGCGCUGCUCUGCCCCCACUCAACGCGUUGGCGAUCGAUAUAUCUCUGGCACAACUACCCCAGCUUCGAGCUGCUCGUUACUAUCAAGAAUCGUAUUCCCUUGCUCGAGACUGUCGGUCUCUCUCUCCAAAAUGAUCAGUGGCACGAACGCGUAGGGAUGGAUGUCUUUGGAGAUGCCCCACGGCUCGCGGAAUUCACCAUGACAGGACGUGCCGACACUCCGCUCCCAACCUUCCCAGUUCGACAGCUGCAUGUUUUCGGCUUCACCAAUCUGUUUACGGAUGAGCUGGCUGAGGCAUGCACCCUCAUCGGACAGCUCGACGGGUUUACGGGGGACCAGUGCUGGAUCAGGCUCGACGUUGACGAUCCCGAAAUAGACUUGGACCAUUUUCCUUCGGUUUCAUCGAACACAUCGGCAUUGCAACUCACCCUCACGCUCCCGUCGAACCGCAACGCGGCCACGCUUUGGGAGCGGCCCGUGCUUGGGGCUAUCCUUGGCGCCUUGACACUGCCGUCGCUGCAGUAUCUCGGGCUCAUAAACACCGUGAAGCAGCGCUCGCUCCUCUGGGACCACGCCCACUUCCUCCAAUUCUCCCAGCGAUCGCAGUUCCGGUCCACCCUCGUCGAGUUCGAGCUGAAUCGGGUGCUGAUCACGGAUGUCGAGCUCAUCGAGUGCCUGCAGCACAUGCCCGCCCUGACGCAGCUCGUCGUCGCCGACUGCGCCCCAGAGAACCAUGCGCUCGUUACCGAUCUGCUUGUCACGCGACUCACAGACACCGGCACCCCGGCGGUGACCCCGCUGGUCCCCGCGCUCAACUUCUUCUCCAUCUCUACCCUCUUCGCGUUCUCGGACGGGGCGUUCAUCGACUUUAUGAACCAACGCGCGGGCCGCGCGGGCGCCGCGCCCUUCGAAAUCAAGAUCUACUGGCUCCCCGUGCGGGCGCGACCUCAGCUUUCGCAGCAGCUGUUGGACCUGGGGAGCGCGCUCGAGAAGGGCGGCGUGCUGCUGUUUACGGCGUCCAAGGACCCAGAGUAUGAUAGUGUGUGGAGCUUCGCGGCAGCGCAGUCGAGCUGGGGACCAAAUGGUAGUGCGAUUGCCUAG